AUGGCGGGAAAUGUGGAUGCACCGCAGCAUAAGCGUAUUCUCAAGAGCAAAACCAAGGUGAAGACAGGCUGCAAAACGUGCAGAAUUAGAAAGAUAAAGUGUGAUGAGGGAAAGCCGUACUGUAAGAAAUGCGUCAGCACCGGCCGGACUUGCGACGGUUACGAAUCCAUCUUUAGAUUCGCUCCCAAUCAGUUACCAAAAACCGAAUCAGAGACUGCCCUGCCUCUGGUCCACGCUGGGCUGCCUGAGAUUGCUCCGCAAGAUAUUGAGCGGCUCAAUCGCUGCUUCUCAAUCAAGACCAUGCUGGAUGUCAAGUUGGGAUGUGGCGAAGAAGCCAAGCAGCUGCUAGAAGCCAGCCGGACUGACCCGGUAAUCCAGCACGCAAUAACGUCUCUCAGAGCGCUGCGAGAAGACCUCGAUGCGACAGGCGACGGGAAAACGGCGAUUACGCAGCAGGCACCCAGCUACGGCUACGGCCUGAAGCAGUAUAAUUUGGCCCUAGGCGGAUUGGUAUCCGAGAUGUCCUUUCAAAACUCCAAUAAGCUGAAGUCGGCGUUGCUAUGCUGUCAAAUAUUCAUCAGCAUCGAGCAGCUGCUGGGAAAUUACGACGCCAUGGCGCAGCAUAUAAUCCGCGGACUCAUGAUCAUGCAUGAAUCCCGGGCGAGACCGACCCUGGAUGGCAAUAGGAAAUUGCUCCCGGCAUGUCGAGAUCAAUUACCCAUGCUGGAUGUCUUCAUAGUCAAACUAUUUGCUGCGCCCUGCAACUUUGCAGACGCCCCCAAGGCUGGUGCUCCGGCGACACCUGCCGAGUCCCCCGACCAUCGCACAAUAGUCCCAGAUACGCGGAGAGACCUGACCAAAAUAUCUGAAUCUGUACUGAAAUUCCUCGACGAGGUCUCACAUGUGCAGACAAUAGGAAAUGCUCUUCAAUUAGAGCCCAAAAGAUCAGCUCUGUUGCAUUCGCUAGAAUCCUGGCGGAUUAAUCUCGAUCUGGCUCAGCCAGGAACGGGGGAACAUGAUCUUGAGCCCAUUUCAGCGUCUUUUCAGCGCUUAUUCUACCAUAUUAUGCAAAUUGUGCUAAUAGGCACACUGGACUCUUCACCAGAGAGUCGUCUCCAACUUGUGGCCGAGAACGAUAAACUGCAGAGCCUCGCCAACGUUGUGGGCCAGCGAGUCAAAGAUUACCGAAUGAGCUAA